AUGGACGAUUCGCGGCCUGUUGUCGUGGACAACGGUACUGGCUUUGUCAAAGUCGGAUAUGCUGGCUCCAACUUUCCCGAGCACGUCUUUCCGUCGAUCGUCGGACGCCCGAUUCUGCGCACGGAAGAGCGCGAGUCGAUCUCCGCGAGCGGCGUCCAGAUCAAGGACCUGAUGGUGGGUGACGAGGCCGAGGCGGUGCGCACGUAUCUGCAAGUGUCGCAGCCGAUGGAGCAUGGUGUGGUGAAGGACUUUGAGGAUAUGCGCCAUGUGUGGAACUAUACGUUUGACGAAAAGCUGCGCAUCGAUCCCCGCGGCCGCAAGGUGCUCCUGACCGAGCCGCCGAUGAAUCCGAAGCGGAACCGCGAGGAGAUGUGCAGGAUCAUGUUUGAAGAGUAUGGCUUUGACGGCGUCUAUGUCGCGAUUCAGGCCGUGCUCACGCUCUACGCCCAGGGUCUCCAGACCGGUGUCGUGGUCGACAGCGGCGACGGUGUAACGCACAUUGUGCCGGUGUACGAGGGCUUUGCGAUGCCGCACCUCACGCGGCGCCUGGACAUUGCCGGCCGCGACGUGACGCGCCACCUCAUCAAGCUCCUCUUGCUGCGUGGCUAUGCUUUCAACCGCACGGCCGACUUUGAGACCGUGCGCCAGAUCAAGGAGAAGUUGUGCUACGUGAGCUACGACUUGAACCUCGACAAGCGGCUCGCGGAUGAGACUACGACGCUCGUCGAGAGCUACACGCUCCCGGACGGCCGCGUGAUCAAGGUCGGCUCGGAGCGCUUCGAGGCGCCCGAGUGCCUCUUCCAGCCGCACCUCGCGGGCCUCGAGCAGCCGGGCGUUGCGGAAAUGCUCUUCCAGACCAUCCAGAGUGCCGCGGUGGACGUGCGCGCGGAUCUGUACAAGCACAUUGUGCUCAGCGGCGGCAGCUCCAUGUACCCGGGCCUGCCCAGCCGUCUCGAAAAGGAGAUGAAGCAGCUGUAUCUCUCACGCGUGCUCCAGGGCGACGGCAGCCGCCUGAACAACUUCAAGAUCCGCAUCGAGGACCCGCCCAGGAGGAAGCACAUGGUCUUCCUCGGCGGCGCGGUGCUCGCGGAUAUCAUGAAGGGCCGCGACAGCUUCUGGAUCUCGCGCGAGGAGUGGUACGAGCAGGGGCCGGCGGCGCUCGAGCGCCUCGGACGGAACGCAUAG